AUGAAGCGAACCUCUUCGGAAGAUAACUCUCUCUCGUUGUCAUCAUCAAAAAAGCAAAAAUCCAAUCAAUUAUUGGAGAAACCUCUAAAUAUUCUCGUUUGUCGAUAUGAUCCAUUUGUAUUGGGUCAUAUAUUCAAGUUUUGUUCACCAAAGGAUUUGCCAUCACUUGCUGUGGUGUGUAAAGAUUGGCACGAUUUGUACUUUUCCCGUGAGAAGAUCAUACUUUUGCUGAAGGAGUGGGUUGAUACUCUAUGGAAUAACAAGAUUUGUUCAGGAAAAUUGACAUGGACUUGGUCUGUAGAGUGUAAUCCAGAGAAUGAAUAUCAUUCAUUGGCAUAUUGGUUAAGAUUGUUGAAGGUAUUGAAAAUGGAUGAGGAAGUGAAUGCAAUGAUGGUCACAGAUGAGCAAGGGAAAGAUGAAAAUGAUGGAGAUGAUGAAACAGAGCAAAACGAAGAGGAACAUGACGAUGAAGAAGAAGAAGAUGAAGAGGAAGAGGAAGAUGAAGAAGAUGAUCAAGAAGAUGAAGGAGAGGAUGAAGAAAAUGACCAAGAUGAUAAAGAUGAACAAGAUGAGGAGGUAAAGGAAAUUCAAAUUACCAGAGAAAAGAUAUCAAAUUGUGUAGAGUUUAUUGAGAUGGACAAUAUGAAGCUGUGUAAAAUCACAACAUCCUCAAAUAGAUUUCUCCUAGUUUCUAAUAAUGGAAAUAUUAUCCGUUUCCAAAGGAAGGAGAAGGAAUUGUUAUGCUCUUUUUAUGGAGGUUUAUCAUAUCCAAGUUUUGAAAAUUGUAAUUAUAGAAGUGAUUAUUGGGUUUCCCUUGUUCCAGGUGAUAAGGGAAUUUUAGUGUUGCAAUUACAACAAAUGGUGGGAUAUUUGGGAUUUGAUGAUGAAUAUUUAGUAGCAUGCAAUCUCAUUGACAUUAUUGGAUUAAAAAAAGCGAAGGUUUCCAAUUCAAAGUAUACAGAUUACCCUUGGGAUCAAGGAGAAGCUGAGGGAAAAAUAGGAUUUGUGCCUUGGGAAAUUGUAAAGGCGUGCACAACCCGUGAUUAUGACAUAUCGUACCUGUGCCAUGAUGUAGAAAGUGAUGAUAUUUGUGCAUGUUUGGAUGAUCGCUUUUUCAAUAGUUUCGACUUAUUCUGCAAGUUAAUAGAAGUUAGUACUACCAUAGACACUGAAUUCAUAUCCAAGAAUAUUUCUCUCAAAGUUGACAGUGAAUUCUUGAAGAAUAGAGGGCUGUUGAAAUAUUGCCGUCAGGAAAGAAAAUUAUUCAAGAUAUUGGAUGAGUCAUUGAGACAUGAUAAGGAAUUCCUUAAAGAGGCUCUAAGAGUCAAUCCAUCCAUUCUCAAGUAUCUUUUUAAAAAGGAAUAUAAGGAUAUCAUUGGAAUCGAUAGAGAGCUGAUUUUAGACUGUUUGAGGAGAGGUUUCAGCAUUUCAGAAAUUGAUAGUAGUAUUGAGAUUGAUAAAGAAAUGGUUCUUGCUUCCAUCAAAGGAGGAGACAAUAUUAGCACAAUUCCUAAAGAGUACAUACACUCAAUGGACAUUAUUAUCGCAAUUCUUAAAAAAGAUCCUUUUACAAGUCUCCAAAAAGUGUCAAAGUUUAUAUCUAGCAAUAAGGAUUAUGCUUUAGAGAUUGUAAAAUAUGCACCAAAGGCUAUAAGAUGGAUUAAUAUGGAUAUCCUUACAUCACAUCCUGAAAUACAACAAGAGGCCAUUAAGAAUUGGUUCGGUGCUUGCUCAAUAUUUAUCAAAGAUUAUGAAGAAAUGUCUAAUAAGUCACUUAUUGAAUUGUUACAAAGACCAGGAAAGAAAAUCAAAGUUUCAAUCACUAUCGAUGGUACUAGAAAAGAAAGCAAAAUUAUUGAAAUAACUGAAAAGAGAUUGCAAACCAUAUUUAUUAUUGACAGAGUUUCAAUGACUUUUAUGGAUUGUGAUUAUACGUAUUUCUACCAAUUACGACAAUUGUUUGGACAAUGUAUUAAUGAAAAAGGAUACAAUGCCAAAUUGUGCUUUACAGUGAAAUCUUCUAAUGGACCAAGUCUAGAUUUAUUGCAUGAGAAAAUAAUACCUGAAACAUUGGAAUUACUUGCAAAGAGACGAGAAUUUCCUUCUCAGUUUACUGAUAUCAUCAAUUCCUUCCUUGAAUCAGAGAAAUAA